AUGGCGCCUGUCCGCAAGACCAGUUCGCUGCCGCAAGGCUACAAGGAGGACGCGUCCAAGGGACCCAUGCUUCGCUUCGAGGAGUCGCUGCCACGUCUGCCAGUUCCCACAUUGGAAGAGACAGCCAAGCGCUACCUGAGAUCGGUGCACCCUCUUCUUAGCAAGCAAGAGUACGAGCAGACCGAAAAGGCUGUCAACGACUUCCUCGCACCCAACAGUCUCGGCCAGGAGCUGCAGAAGCGUCUGGUCGCCAGAAGAGAGGACCCCAAGCACAAGAACUGGAUCUACGAGUGGUGGAACGAGGCCGCGUACCUCGCCUACCGUGAUCCCGUCGUCCCCUACGUCUCAUACUUCUACAGUCACCGCGAUGACCGUAAGAGAAGAAACCCAGCAAAGAGAGCUGCUGCUAUUGCCUCGUCGGUUCUCGACUUCCGCAAGCAAGUCGUGGAGGGCACUCUCGAGCCCGAGUACAUGAAGAAGCUGCCCAUCGCCAUGAGCAGUUAUGAGUACAUGUUCAACUGCUGCCGUAUUCCUGCCAAGCCUGCCGACUACCCCAAGAAUUACACUCCCAAUGAGCACAAGUACAUUACUGUCGUUCGCAAGAACCAGUUCUUCAAGGUGCUCCACGAGGUUGGUGGUAAGGAGUUGACCACAAAGGAAUUGGAGCAGCAGUUCCUGCGCAUCUACCAAUUGGCAGAGGACGUCCCCUCGAUCGGUAUCAUGACUAGCGAGAACAGAGACACUUGGACCGAGAUGCGCGAGGCUCUAAUUGCCCAAAACCCAUCCAACGAGGCCGCUCUCCAGACAAUCGAGGCCUCCUCCUUCGUCAUCUGCCUGGACGAAGCAAAGCCCGUCACACUCGAAGAGCGCGCUCAUCAAUACUGGCACGGCAAUGGUGCAAACCGCUUUUUCGACAAGCCGCUCCAGUUCAUCGUUAACGACAACGGAACUUCAGGCUUCAUGGGCGAGCACAGCAUGAUGGACGGCACCCCCACCCACCGCCUGAACGACUACAUCAACAUGCUCAUCUUCAACGACAAGCUCGACUACGAGAACCCUUCAGUUCGCAGCAACCUCCCCGACCCCACCCCCAUCAAGUUCGACCUCUCCCCUGCAAACCUCGAGGACAUCAAGACUGCCCAAGCACACUUCACAAAGGUCAUCGGUGAGCACGAGCUCAAGGUUCAGGCAUACCAAGGUUACGGCAAGGGCUUGAUCAAGAAGUUCAAGUGCAGUCCCGACGCCUACGUUCAGAUGAUCAUCCAGCUCGCCUACCACAAGUUCUACGGCAAGAACAGACCUACCUACGAAUCAGCCGCCACCCGCCGCUUCCAACAAGGACGUACCGAGACCUGCCGCACCGUCAGCGAAGAGUCCGUUGCCUUCACCGAUGCCAUGGCCUCCCCCGACGCGACACCCGACGAGUGCAGACAAAAGCUGCAAGCCGCCAUCAAGCAGCACGUCGGCUACAUUAGUGAUGCCUCCGACGGCAAGGGUGUUGACCGUCACCUCUUCGGGCUCAAGAAGCUGCUCAAGGAAGGAGAGCAACUCCCCUCCAUCUUCAGCGACCCUGCCUUCUCAUACUCGUCUUCCUGGUUCAUCUCCUCCUCGCAACUGUCUUCCGAGUACUUCAAUGGCUACGGUUGGAGUCAAGUCAUCGACGAGGGCUGGGGUAUCGCCUACAUGAUCAACGAGAACAGCUUGCAGUUCAACAUUGUGUCCAAGAAGCUUGGGUCUGAACGCAUGAGCCACUACAUCAACGAGGCCGCCGAAGAGAUGAAGGAGCUCAUGCUUCCUACCAUCGAGACCAAGGCCAAGCUUUAG